GCACUUUGGCUUUUAGUGCCACAAAUGCAACACAAUUGCCAUUUCAUAAAGUGUUUAAUACUAUAGUUAGCAGUGAUUGUCGGAUAUAACACACAACUACAGUAUAUGCUGUAUAUAUCCUAUUAAUUGAUCCCAAAAACCAUGGGUGGAGUUCGGCGCCGAAGAAAGUCUUCCGCCUCUUCCGAUGAACUGUUAACUAAUGUCAGACCACUUAUCGAACCGAAGCCAAGGGUGGCGUUCGCCAGGCGUAAGAAACCCGACGGACGGCUCACUAUUGGCGUACAAAUAUCCUGUGUAUUGAUCGGCGUAUUCCUAGUCUACUAUACUUAUUAUCAUUUCGAUCACUUCCACUACCAUUUAACCCAUUUCUUUGCCCAUCACUGGGACGACCACAACGCCCAACACGUAUUGGCCCACAAGUUGCUCAAAGACCGGACCAACACUUCGGCGGCGUUU